GGUUUAGUGAGUGUUUGAUUAUGGUUUUGGGUUGAACCCAUGUACUUGUGAACCGACGUGGGAUUGGGUUUACGGUAUAUGGUUGAUUUUCGUUUGAUUAUGGUUUGGGUUUAACCCAUCUAAUUAUAAAACGAUAAUUUUUUGGGUCGGUCAUAAUGAAGAAAUUCCUAGAUCCUAAACCCUCACCAUCGUAAGUCGUAACAGUGAUGUUGUUUCUUCCUUCUCGUCCUUCGUCGGCGCCAGAGGACUGAUCCUCGGUUCCUCCCUGUCGGCUUCUUCCUUCCUUCUUUCCUCCCUCCAUCCUACCUCCGUUCUUCCAUACGUAGGUGUCCAAUUCUUGUUUCCCAUCCUCUGUAGGUCACUCGACCGAUUUCGUUUCCCAGCCUCAGUUCUUAAUUGUCGUCCUUCGUCGGCUCCUUCUCCGCCAAUAUUACGAAACCAGAUUCUUCCUAUCUCCCUUCCUUCGUCUUCCCUUCUCUACGCAACCAUCGAUUUUCCAUUCUCCCUUAUUCGCCCAUCCUUCGCCACCCAGCUAGAACCCUAAUUAGUGAGAUCCGAUUUCCCUGUUGGAACCACUCGAACCCUAAGAUUGGGGAGUUAAAUUUUCUGGCGAUUGAUGGUCCACUUUGCGGCAAAGGAAGCGGAUCUACUUUGUGGGAGACAGCGGAUAGUACUGGAGCCGGAAAUACACUAUCGCCCUCCCCCAGUCAAUUCCUUGUAUCGGCCUUCUCCUACUGAGUCGUUGGUUCUAAUCCUAAAUCCAGGUUGGUACCUAUAUGUCGAUACAUCAUAUAUGUUAGAUCAUAUAUAUUGGAGAUGGGUUGCGGCUGAAUUUGUUUUUGUUCCUAGCGAGAUUAUUACUUAUUGGGACUGGUAGAAGUUGACUCCAUCGUUCUGGUUGUCUUCUUUGUUCAAUUUGGUGGGUGUUGUGAAUUGUGAUCUUGCUUGGCUUCAUUUCAUUUGUGAAUGGUUGGUUUGUCGCGGAAGUGAAGGGGAAACUAUCGAGAUGAUAGGGCACCUAUCGAGCUGAGUUUGCUUAACUCGGACUUAGCUCGUGUUUGUUUCAUUUCAUGGAGAUUGAGUGGGUCUGUUCUGCGUUCUAAACUGGUAUUGGGCACCUUAUCUCUGACCGAAUUUUUCUGGAGAUAUGAAGUGUCUUAGCUUUCGCAUUGUGGAAGAACGUGAAUCACUAUCAUUCGAAUUUUGAAGCGUGUGUUUUCUGGUUAGUAUUCCUGCUCCUGCAUAUAGCGAGGGAAGCAGAAAAAGCAACUUUGACUUCAUGUCCUGGAUUCUAGUUCACAUUCUUUAUCAAUCAUUUUAUUUGAACCAUUUUGAUGUGUGAUUUGAGGAUAUGCAGAAUCAUAAGUAAUGAGGGGGUGAAAGGGCUGCCUUUUGAGGUUAACAUGGGGCUUGGAGGAUUCUUUUAUGAUGCUAUUGCCCUCUGUUACAAUCAAUCCCAGAGCAUUAUUAGUAAUAGUAUGUUAGUUAAGCUUGGUAGGUAAUGGAUGCUUAAAGAUGCACAGAAACUAUGUGGCUUAUAUGCAUAUGCCUCUAAUAUUUUUUCGUUGCUUGUUAAUUGAUUAGUGAACUGUUGGAUUCGAUCGGUUGUGGGUGGUGAAUAUGUGGAUUUCAAUUGUCUCUAAACUUUAUUUUGUUGGUUGUUUUCAGUUGAUCAACUAUGGAAGGGUUGAUGGAUGAUAUGAGCACAGGCAAGGACAUGGGAAUUGACUUGAAUGUUGGUUUAGAUUGGGGAAUGGAUUAUGGAGAUGAUACCGGUGGUGUUAGAGAUAGUGACGAUAUGGAGGACAAUGUCGACACCAACAAUAGUGAUUCUGAGGAUGAUAAUAACACUAACAUUGGUGAUGAUGAUAAGGAGAACAUCUCAGAUGAGCAUUUGCACAGCUUCGAAACACAACAACACAGCUCAGAUGCACCUCUACACAAAGAUGCUGCAAAUCCAGCCAAGGCUCCACCAUCCUCGAGUAUGUAUGACUGGACCCUUCUUGAUAAAGUCGGGAAUGGGAAGCCAUAUGCUAAAUGGGAGUGGAUGAUGUUGUGGGUUAUGAGUUUGAAACCCUUGUGGAGACUGUCAAGUUAUAUUCAACUUAUGGUUGUGCCAUGGGAUUCAGCGUACGAAAGAACACUCACACAGAUUCAAAAUAUGGAGUUAGAAAUAUGCAGCGAUGGGUUUGCUCACUCGAGGGGGAGCGUCAUCCAGUGCACAAUGACAAGGAGAACAGAAAGCGUGAACCUAGGCCUAUAACAAGGCUCCAUUGUCCGGCUGCUUUCAAAGUCAGUUUUGUUGAGGCAACUAACCGAUUCAAGGUGAAACAGUUUGUACCAACACAUUUUCAUCACUUAGCUGGAGCACAUGAAGUGCAGUUUUUGAGUUCUCAUCGCAAGGUAGAUGAUGCAAGUAAGGCUCAGAUUCGAUCACUUAGGGCUGCUGGUGUUCGCACCAAUCAAAUCAUGGAUUAUCUAGUGAAUUGUGCGUGAAGCUUUCAGAACUUGGGUUUCACUAAGACCGAUGUCUACAAUUUUGUUAGUGCGGAUCGGAGGUCGGAGAUCUUGGAUAGUGAUAGUGAAGCUGCACUUGGCUACUUACAAGCAUGGGAAACUACUGAUCCUCGUCGUAGGUACACAGUAAGUUAUGAUGGUGAACUAGGCAAUAUGUUAUGGGCUGACUCUACUUAACAAUUGGAUUAUAGUCUCUUUGGAGAUGUUCUUGUUUUUGACUCGACGUACAAGACUAAUGCAUAUAAUCUUCCAUUUCUUCUAUUCAUUGGUGUGAAUAAUCACAAUGCAAGCACUAUUUUUGCAUGUUCUUUACUUGUGGAUGAAACGGCGGCGAACUACGUAUGGAUUCUAAAUGCUUUUUUACAUUGUAUGGGUGGUAAGAAGCCAAUCGCAGUUAUAACAAAUGGUUGUUCUUCAAUGAGGAAAGCUAUCAAGUCGGUUCUCCUUGGAUCCCGACAUCGGUUAUGUUCUUGGCACUUGGGCAAUAACGCAGAAGUGCGUGGCCAUGCGGAAGGCUUCCGGGAGGAUUUCAAACAAUGCAUGCUAAACUGCAGUUCUAUUCCACAAUUUGAAGCUACAUGGAAGGAAAUUUUUUCCAAGUAUGACAUGGAGCACAAUGCGUGGAUGAAGAAGAUGUAUAGGCGACGAGCUCUAUGGGACACAACUUACUUGAAAGGUACUUUCUUUGCUGGGAUUACUACGUCACAACGUUGUGAGAGCAUGAACUCUUAUCUAGAAAAAUUCUUGCAAACUAAGAUGAAGUUGUUUGAGUUUGUCAAGCAGUUUGACAUGGCACUUUUGUAUAGGAGACAAACUGAGUUACAUGACCAGUUUAAGACAAUACAUACUGAUGUUAUUUUGAUGACACAUUUAUUUGAAAUUAAAGACAUUCCUCUAUAGUAUAUACAAGAAAUGUUUCCAGGAGCGUUCGAGCAGAAAUAUCGAGAGAAGUUCAUUACUAUAUUACAGACAAGUGUGUGUUGACCAAUAAAACAAUUUACACAUUGUCACGAUUCAAAUACCCUGACUCAAAGUGCACCGGGGUCUUUUACACGAGUGGACAUGAUGUGCAUUGUUCUUGUGGCAUUUUUGAGUUCUGCCGAAUUCCAUGUCGGCAUAUAUUAUGUAUAUUGAAAGCAGAAAAUCAAAUACAAAUUCCCAAGUCACUCAUUUUGAAGCGUUAGACUAAAGAUGCAAAAGAGUU